AUGAAGAGUCAUGCCUUAUUGGCCAUUAUUGGAUUAUUUUCCGUUAUAGUUGGAGCUCAGAAACAAGAAGGAUUCAUCAGUUUGGAUUGCGGAUUUCCUAUUGAGGAAUCUCCGUAUACUGAUCCCUCUAAUGGAUUAACAUACACAUCGGAUUCCACUUUCAUCCAGACCGGAAAAAGUGCUACAGUCAAUAAAGAUUCCAACAUAAAACUCCUAAAACCAUAUUUGACACUAAGAUACUUUCCAGAAGGAAAACGCAACUGCUAUAGUUUUAUUGUCAAGCGUGGCACAAACUAUCUCAUCUACGUUAGCUUUGUAUAUGGAAACUAUGAUGGUCUUAAUGUUAUUCCAAACUUCGAUCUCUAUCUUGGUCCCGAUAAGUGGACAAGAAUAGAUUUGGAUGGAAGACAAAAUGGUACAAGAGAGGAGAUCAUACACAAAGCUAGGUCAAACUCUUUGGAUAUUUGUCUUGUUAAAACAGGACCAACCGUGCCACUAGUCUCAGCCAUAGAAAUACGGCCGCUUAGAAAUGAUACUUAUGUUACCCAAUCCGGUUCACUGCGGUUGUCUUUCCGGGAGUAUUAUAGCAACUCCGGUGGGUAUAUACGGUAUGAAGAUGACGUCUAUGAUCGUAUUUGGAGUGCCCAAUUCGACUCUUCAUAUACGCAGUUAACAACCAAUCUCGAUAUAAACAAUUCAAAUAUAUAUGAGAUACCAAAAGUUGCACUCAAAAGUGCUGCCACGCCUAAAAACUCCAGCGAACCACUGAUCUUCACUUGGUAUCCACAACCCUCUAAUUCUGAAGUGUACUUGUUCAUGCACUUCGCGGAGAUACAAACCCUUGAAGCCAACGAGACGAGGGAGUUCGACAUCAGCUUGAAAGGAAACUUUAAUUAUUCAAGAUUUAGUCCCGACAAGUUAGAGGUAUUUACUAUAUACACAGAUACACCGAUGAAAUGUGGUUCUGAAGGUUGCAGUUUGGAGCUUGUAAGAACUCCGAACUCAACUCUUCCACCUCUGAUCAACGCUCUCGAGGCUUUCAAAGUUAUCCAAUUCCCACAACUGGAAACAAACCUAAGUGAUGUUUCUGCGAUCAAGAACAUCAAAGCUACUUAUGGUCUGAGUAAAAUUAGUUGGCAAGGAGAUCCGUGUCUCCCUCAAGAUUUAUCAUGGGAAAAUCUUAACUGCACAUAUGUAUUUAAUACCUCAACUCCACCAAGAAUCAUUUCUUUAAAUUUGCCAGCAAGUGGAUUAACAGGUACAAUAGCCCCAAGUUUACAAAAUUUAACGCAAAUACAGGAACUGGACUUAUCUAAUAACAGUUUGACUGGGCCUGUGCCUGCUUUUCUUGCCAACAUGAAAUCCUUGUCGUUGAUAAACUUAAGUGGGAACAAUCUUAGCGGGUCAGUUCCUCAGAGUCUUCUUGACAGAGAAAUGCAAGGACUUGUGUUAUUACGACUUGAUGGAAAUCCAAAGCUAUGCAGAUUUAGUUCAUGCAAUUCAAAAAAGAAAAAUGGUAUCUUGGUACCAGUUAUUGCAUCGGUUGCCUCUGUUGUUGUUCUAGUGGUGAUUGUUGCUCUAUUUUUUGUUUACCGAAAGAAGAAGGUGCCUUCAGAUGCUCUACCAGAUGUGCCCGUAGAAGAUGUUGGACACGCUAAACAAUCAGAGCCAUCAUUUUUAUCGAAAAAGAUAAGGUUUACUUACUCCGAGGUUCAAGAAAUGACGAAUAACUUUCAAAGAACUUUGGGUGAAGGAGGAUUUGGAAUCGUUUAUCACGGUUGUGUUAAUGGUAACCAACAAGUAGCUGUUAAAUUGCUCUCUCAAUCAUCAUCUCAAGGCUACAAACAUUUCAAGGCAGAGGUGGAACUGCUUAUGAGAGUGCACCAUAUAAAUUUAGUGAGUCUUGUUGGGUAUUGUGAUGAAGGAGAUAACUUGGCUCUUAUUUAUGAAUAUAUGCCAAAUGGAGACUUAAAGCAGCAUUUGUCAGGAAAGCGUGGUGGGUUCGUUCUGAGCUGGGAAAGUAGACUAAGGAUAGCUGUGGAUGCAGCAUUAGGAUUGGAGUACUUACACACUGGAUGCAAACCACCAAUAGUUCAUAGAGACAUAAAAAGUACAAACAUACUUGUGGACGAAUGUUUUCAAGGCAAACUAGCCGAUUUCGGGCUUUCGAGAUCUUUUCCAAUGGGAAAUGAAACAUAUGUAUCAACUGUUGUUGCUGGAACUCCUGGAUAUCUUGAUCCUGAGUAUUAUCAAACAAAUUGGCUGACGGAGAAAAGUGAUAUUUAUAGCUUUGGAAUUGUACUGUUGGAGAUAAUCACAAACCGUAAAAUAAUUGAUCAAUCCCGCGAAAAGCCUCAUAUAGUAGAAUGGGUCGGGCUUAUCAUAGGAAAGGGAGAUAUUGGGAAUAUUGUAGAUCCAAACCUUCACCGAGAUUACGACAUUGGUUCUGUCUGGAAGGCUAUUGAAAUAGCAAUGUCAUGUGUGAAUCUUUCUUCUGUUAAAAGGCCAAGCAUGUCCCAAGUUGUUAGUGAUCUAAAGGACUGUCUCAUAUCCGAGAAUUCAAGGACGGGAGAGAGUCGAGAUAUGAACUCAGUGAGUUCUGUCGAGUUCAGCAUGGAUAUCGAUACCCAGAUGAUCCCUAAAGCACGCUAG